AUGGCGGGAGUUCCCCAAGUUCGAGGCUUAUAUAGACAAAUCUCGCUGUUGAUUAUUAAAAGUGACGUUAUAACGUCUGUUAAAGUCUUGAUAAUUAGCACGCUGCUCGCCCUAGCGGCAGCACAAGAUGAUUACGACGAAGGUACCAUGCAGCACGCACUUUAUUUCAAUAACUUUGAAUCAAGGACUACAAGCAUCCGUUGGGGAACCCUCCAAUUCGUGGGGAAAGCGUUUUCAACUUCCGUGAUUGUCGCCGAGAAUAAGACUCAUAAUUACCAGGGGUGCGUUGGAGUUCCCGUUAGCAAGCAGCAUGUCCUGAUUUCAAGGGCCUGCAAUCUCAAUCUGAACAAGAAGCUUGUCGCCGUAGCUGCUGGAGCCGUCAAUUGGGACCAGGAGAAUUUGUUCCGCGAUGUUAAGAAUGUUGACUCCUUAGGGGAGAAUCUUCUUGUUGUUACUUUUGCCAACAGAGAAACUUCACCAAGGAGCUUCUUAUCGUUCCUUUUUGGAUGGACUUCAUUGUGCUCUGGGCUCAAGGAAGCUAAGCAUACCUUCCAGAAGGAUAUUUUGAUCGUUGAUGAUGAGAAUUGUAAGAUCAGUGAUGAUAAUUUCGCUUGUGGAGAAGAUGUUUCGCGAGAGUUGAAUUUGUAUCAUCCUCGAUAUGUCGGUUCUGGAUCUCGUCCCGUUAUUAAAGAGUUCACUAUUUAUGGAUUCACUAAUUUUAAAUGCUCCAAGAAGGGUUCUAUUGAUGAAGUUUUUCCAUUUGUUGAUUCUAUUAAGACUCUUAUUGUGAACUAA